AUGUUCUUUUUUAUGAAAAAUCAAAACGAAGAAGAGAAAGAACAGCUCUUGUCUCUGAAGAAAAGAGAUGCCGAUGUACCGUCUGCUUCAUCGUCAUCAAUCCGGUUUUUCACGAAAGUCACCGCGUGCGCGGUGUUGCUCGCCGGGAUUGGCACUUUAGGGAAGAUCAACGUGUACGAUAGGCAGCAACAACGAUUUGAAAGCAGCGGGGUUAAACAACAGUUGGCGUUUUUGGGUGAAGCGGAUGGUUUGCCUUCCUGUGGCCCGUACGUAGACGACAACUUACGAACGAAGCUCCUGCAUAACGGCGAAGAGGUGCAGGACGCGGCGAUCGGAUACAAGGAGUGCGAAUUUUUUUCCAAUAUAGGCAGCAAAGCGAAGCUGUUGGGAGAUCAACCGAGCGAGUGCGUGGCACCGAACACGGUGAUCACGACGUACACGUCCGGGGAUGAUUUCUAUCACAACCUCGGUUUGGUCGUGAAAAACUUAAAAGACCAAGACUGUUUUAUGAAACGGUUUUUGGUCGUGUGCGCGGAUUCGGCGUGUAGCGAACAAGCCACGGCGGAUGGCUACAACAACAUCGAGUUUCCGGAAGAUUCUUCGAACUCGGAUACCUCGUACGGGAGGUUCACGUGGAUGAAACAAAAGAUUUCGUUGGGCGUUGUGGGAUCCGGCGUGAACAUGUUCAUGGUCGACGCGGACGUGGUGCUUUUCUCGGUUCCAGAAACCAACUCUUUUUUGAGCCAAUCGAACGUGGACGGAAUGUUCCAAGAAGAUUACAUGGACUAUCACGGCGCCUAUACGAACGGGCCGGAGUGGACGAAACAGUACUUGGACGGCGUUCACGCCGGGGCGAGUAACUUCAACUCUGGUCAAAUGUGGUACAGAGCCUCGGAGCGCGCCUCUCGAUGGAUUCAAACCAGUUUAGCGCACGGCGUCAUGUGCUCGCCGAACUGCGGUUUGGAACAGAAUGUCUUGCACGAUGCCGCAAAACAGGCGCCGGUUGGUGACACAGAGUUAGGGGUCGAGCCGUACGCUUUGAACAUCCAACCGUUGCCGAUUACGUACGCCACGUUCUGCAGUCGAACGACGGAUAUUUUACACGAUUGGGAAGUCGUGAAACAUAUGGGAGAAUGGAAAACGUUGCACAUGUGCUGCGCGGGUUAUAAAUACGACGGCAUGGGUAACGCAAUCGAGAAGAGAAAGUGCGCGAUGCAAACGCCGGGUCCUUCGUGUGUCGAAGCCGGCAUGGGCAAGGAAGAGAGAUGGGAUUACGUCGCGCCGGCGGAAACCACCGAAAAACGAUAA